AUGUCUAAAAGUCAUAACAAUACAGAAGAAGGCGAGGAUUCUAAACCACUCGUAAAACCAGACGAUAUUACCUCAAAAGCUAGCUUAAAGCUUCUUUUUUCACAUGCAAGUAAAUGGGAGCUCACCUUGCUUGCCAUUGGUUCCUCAAUGGUGUUGAUUUUUAGACUUUUUGUGAUAUUUUUGUUUUAUCAAAUGGGAGAAGUUGUCGAAGCCGUCUAUGAUAACCCAGACGACGAUGACGAACUUUAUGAACAAAUGAGAGAUGCUGCUAUAUGGAUGCUUAUAGGAGGAGUUGUUAGUUUAUUGAUAGGCUGGAUUGCUGUUAUUCUAAUCUUAAUAGCAGCUAAAGGAAUCUCACUGAAGUGGAGAAGUGUCUAUUUUCACAGUAUUAUAAAUAAGCCUGCCAAAUGGUAUGAUAGAAAUAAUCCAUCUGAACUUUCAAGCUCAAUUGAUAUGGAUAUUGAUGCAAUUGAGCAAGGGGUUGGGCUGAAGUUUUUCUUGCAGUUACCAAUGGCUAUUUCAUAUUUAGGGCUUUUUAUAGGUGCAGCGAUUAUUAACUUGCAGCUGACUCUAGUUGCCCUAAUACCAAUCCCACUGCAGUUUUUAGGUUUCGUAGUUUACGAGAAAGUAACAAUUGAUUCAACCUUUAAUAAACAAGAGAAAUAUAAGUCAGCAGGAGGGAUUGCAGAGGAAAGCUUUGAAGGGGUCAAAACUAUUGCCUCCUGCAAUGCGCAGAAGCCAAGAACUGAACUUUAUCACUCAGAGCUCGAAACUCUAAAAGAGGAAACCACAAAAACUGGAAUUUACCAAGGAUUUCUAUAUGCCCUAACAGCCGCAAUUUUCUUUAUUAUGGGUGGCACUAUCUUUUAUUUUGGGUCCAUUUUCAUAAGAGACGACAGGUAUAAUUGGACACUUGACGAACAAAUGGAGCGCAAAGACGUCGUGGUCGUGUCCCUCUGUUUUAUGAUGACAGCCUUUUAUCAAGGAACUUUUGUAACUGUGAUCAAUGUACUUAGUAAUGCAAAAGUGGCAGCUGCCAGAGUAGAUGAAGUAGUACAGAGCAAUAAAAGAUAUGGUGGAUAUUUAAAGCCUGAAUCAAUCAAAGGAGAUAUUGACUUUGAAAAUGUUCAUUUCAGAUACCCAACUAAAAAAGAUGUCCCUAUCUUAAAAGGAGUUUCUUUUAAAGUCAGAGAAAAAGAGUCGUUAGCUAUUGUAGGGGAGACUGGGUCAGGCAAGAGUACAAUAAUUCAGCUUAUUGAAGGGUUUUAUUAUUGCGAAAAAGGGACAGUAUUGAUUGAUGGGGUUGAUAUCAAAAAAUAUGAUAUUUCAGCUUUAAGAGAGUUUGUAGGUUUAGUUAGCCAGGAGCCGAUUUUAUUUAAUACGACGAUAAAGGAAAACAUCAGAAUUGGCAGAAUGGACGCGACUGAUGAAGAAAUUGAGAAUGCGGCAAGAGAAGCUGAAGCAGCAUUUAUUGAAGACCUUGAGAAUAAAUUCGACACAUAUGUAGGAAUCAAAGGUUCUUUACUGUCUGGAGGCCAAAAGCAAAGAGUUGCUAUUGCAAGAGCUUUGCUUAAGAACCCAAGCAUUUUGCUACUAGAUGAAGCCACAAGCGCAUUAGACGUAAAAACCGAGAAAAAAAUCCAAGUGACCCUUGACAAAGUCUCUCAAAACAGAACAACCAUCAUUGUCGCCCAAAGGCUAAGCUCAGUCAAAAACGCCAAUAAAAUCAUAGUGAUUUCUGAAGGAGUGAUUGCUGAAGAAGGAAACCACGAGUCCUUAAUCAAGCUAAACGGCCGAUAUGCCAGAUAUUGCGAAAUUCAAACUAAAACUGAAGAAGUCCUAGAAGAAGAAAUCCCUGAAGAAAAAGCCAAAUCAGAAAAAGACCAAGACGUGAUGAGCUACCAGACCUCAAUCUCGCAAAGAGUUAAAGCUGACAAGUCCAAGUACAUGAAAGGGAUUCAAGUCCAGCUUCUUAAGCAAUGGGACUGAAUGCUUGUAGCUGCUAUUGGCGUUAUUAUAGCUGGACUUUGCUAUCCUUGCAUGGGAUAUUUCUAUGGAGAUGAUGUUAUAGUUACUGCAGAAGAUGAGGGGGAUGAAUAUCAAGAUAAUACCUGGGAAAAUAUGUGGGGGACUAUAGUCCUAGCUGUAAUAGUUUUUGUGACUAUUGUUAUUUCUUUUAGUGCACUAGGUAGGACUGCUGCAUUAUUUACAGACGAUAUCAGAAUGAGAGGGAUGAACGCUAUUCUCUAUUAUGACCAAAAAUUCUUUGACAAGCCAAUCAAUAACCCUGCAUUGCUGUCUUAUACCUUUUCGAAAGACUGCGAUAAAAUUUCCUCAAUUGGUGGCGCAGUCUUGAUUUUCCAGCUGCUUACCAUUUCAAGCCUUAUAUUAGCCAUUGUAUGGGUCAUCUGCAUAGACUGGGAAUAUGGUUUAAUAUCGGUAGGCCUUUUCUCAGCAAUGGUUGUGGUGAAUAUGGGCGGUGACGUUUUUAGGCAGAAUGAUAAAAUGACUCCAGCUCAAACAACUCACAUUGCUUUUGACUGUUUAACAAACAUAAAAACUGUGAGUUCCUUAAAUAAACAAGACUAUUUCCACGUCAGAUACGUGAAUUCUUGCAGAGAUGCCAAUAAAGAGAUUGUGGCUUCUUAUAUUCCUGAUGCUUUUAGAUUUGCGUUUAAAAUAUCUGUGAUAUUUUUAGUUUGGGGAUUUGCCUUUUGGAUUGGUGGGGCAAGAGUUAAAGAAAAUCAUUUAAGUAGGGACAACUUGGUUCAUAUUUUCUUUAUUACGUUGCUUUCUACUUAUAGUGCUGUUGUGCUUUCGUAUUUACCUCAAGAUACAGAUGCAGCGAUUAAAAGUGCUAUUAAAAUGAGCGAUAUUAUUGAGUAUUCUUAUAAUAAACAUAUUUUGUAAACAAAAAGGCAUUUUAUAAUUAUUUUUAAUAAGAAGUCAGGCCAAAUCUUAAAAAUAAAUAGUAAAUUAUGAAUAAAAAAGUAUAUGAGCCAGAAGUCAAUGGAGACUCAAGAGAUGGAAUUACAGACCCGAUUUCUGGAAAGGUGACCUAUGAAAAAGUCAGCUUUAAGUAUGAGGGCAGGCUUAAUCCCGUCCUCAAAAACGUCAGCUUUGAAGUCCUUGCAGGCAAAACACUUGGUAUAACUGGCUCAACAGGCUCAGGAAAAUCCACCAUUGCGCAACUUUUGUUGAGAUUUUACAACCCAACGUCAGGCAAUAUCAGAAUUGACGACAUCUCAAUCCAAGAUUACAAUAUUAGACAUCUAAGGGAAUAUGUCUGUUGGGUUGGCCAAGAGCCUAUUUUAUUUAGAGGAACCAUGAUGUAUAAUCUAAGACUUGCCAAUCAACUAGCUACUGAAGAAGAAGCUAGAGAAUCUUUAAUUAAAGCUCAAGCAGGCGAUAUCUUAUUCGCCCCUCUAUUAAUGAGCAAAACCAUUGAAAAUAAUAUUUUUUGGGAAAAAAAUUCAUGAGGAAUAGUAAACGUCAUUUUUACAAUUUUGAACAAAAACAAUAUAAAUUAAAAAUAGUGUAUGCAAAAAUAUUGCUCGCUCACUUGGUGGAGUUAGAAAAAUAUGGUCUAGACAGUGAUGUAGGCCUAAGAGGAAGUAAGCUGAGUGGGGGACAAAAACAAAGAGUUGCUAUUGCUAGAGCUCUUAUUAGGAAGCCAAAAAUUUUGGUUUUAGACGAAGCUACCAGUGCCUUAGACACUGUUGUAGAGUCAAAACUGCAAGAAGUGCUGAAACAAGAAAAGUUUACAGUCAUUUCUAUUGCACACAGACUUAGGACUAUUAAAGACUGCGACGAAAUCAUUGUGAUUGAAAAAGGAAUUUUACUCCUCCUCAAUGAGCCAACAAAAUCAUUGAAAAAAUCAUUAUUUUUUUGAGAAAAGAAAACUGUGUAGGUAAACAAAAAGAAUUUUUAAAUUAUAUGUAAUUGAGAUUAUUAGUGUAAAAUUAUAUAUAAUUUAUUUUGUAAAAAAAUUAAACCCUCUUUGCGCGAACAAAAUUUAUUUGCUUGCUUCAGGCGGGGAGAAUUAGUAGAAAAAGGGACUCAUGAGGAGUUGUCAAAGAAUACAAGUGGCUACUACUAUCAGCUAUGUCAAUUAUCGACAGCUUAA